ACAAACCGAGAUUACAGAAUCCUUUGAUGAAAUUUCAGAAUCAGUCUCACAAAUAAAAAAUAAUGUUUUGAAUAUUGGAUCAUUUUUUAUUUGUGGAACUGAGCCAAGAUUGUUAACACAUGAUGAAGCUGAAGAAAAUUUUAAAAAAGUUGAUGAAAUACAAGCUCAAAUUGAUUGUAUACUUAAACCAAAAGUUGAAGCAUUGCAUAAAGAAAUUAUUGACCUGACUGAUGAUAAUACCAAGUUUUCACAACAUUAUUUGCGUAUAUUAGAAGAAUUAUCCAAUUUAGAUGUAAUAAUAAAAGAAAAACGUUUACAAUUAGAUGGAGCAAAAGAAACAGCAAAAUACCAUAUAAAUAACGAUAAUAAACAAUCACCACCAUCUGUAAGAAUACCAGACUUUUAUUGGACAGAAAUUCCAACCGACUCAUCAUAUUUACCACAAUCAGAAGAUUCUGUUAGUGAAUUUUUUACUAUUUCAGGCAAAAAAUUCUAUAUAAAUUAUUUUGUUGGUUCAGGCAUGUUAGAAUGGAACUUGAGUGGAUGUCAGUGGAUUGUUAACAAUAUAAAUGUUUCAGAAAUUUGUCAAAAAUAUCAUGCAUCAAUUAUUAAACAAUGUGAAUCGAUGGAGAUAAUUUUGAGUGCUCCAGAAGAAUUAGCAUUAAGCCAUGUCUUUAUAUUUGAAGAAAACCCCCAAGGAUUGUGUGAAAGUUUUGAUGAUGAAACUUGGUGUUGUAUUUUUAAAGAAUUGGUUAAAUCAUAUCCUAUCUUAUCAAUUCCUGAAGAUAUUUAUAACAUUUUUAUGAGUUUUAUGAAGAUUGCACUUGAGUUACCUAAUUCUGACAACAGAAAAACAGCUAUAAAACAAUAUUUACAAAAACUAAAUCAAGAUGUAUUUGUAGAGGUCCUUGAAAACCUGGCAAACACAACAUCUAAGUCAUCAUCAUUAGCCAAAAAAAACUUUGAUGAAACUCUUAUGGGAUCUAAACCAGAUUUCAUUAUAAGAACCACUCAUCAAAAGAAAUAUGUUGAACUUUUAAUUGGCAAAGUAAAACCUGAAAAUAUUAGUGAAAAACUAGUUUCCGAAGACUUGGUGAGUCUUGGAAAAACAAUGAAAAACGCAUUAGAUAAAUCAAUAGAUGUUGGUUCUGAUGAUUUAGUAAUUUGUGGUUUGCAAAUAAUUGGUUUUUGGCAAGAGCCUAUGUGA